AGGGCCUGUCUCGCGGGCUCGCGGCGCUUGGAGGCGGCUGAAAUCGUAGACGGCAAAAUAAAUCCUCUCCGGGCGCUGCGCGUCCUCUGCAUCAUGUUGUUGUACCCUGGCGCAACGGCGGCCGAGGCGCCCGCGCGCCAGCACACGAGCCGGCCGAUCGUCACCGGCACGUCGGUCCUCGGCAUAAAGGUACGUCCCCCAACCCGCCCCGCGCCCACCGCCCGAGCCCGGUCCUCACUCAUCACGCGCGCAGUACAAGGACGGCGUGAUGCUCGCGGCCGACACGCUCGCGUCGUACGGGUCGCUCGCCAUGUUCAAAGACGUGACGCGCAUCGCGCGCACGGGCUCGUACACGCUGGUCGGCGCGUCGGGCGAGCUCUCGGACUACCACGCGCUCCUGGACAAGCUGAAGGGGCUCGCGCAGGCGAACGCGAACUGCGACGACGGCUUCGAGCACGGCCCCGCCGAGAUCUACUCGUACCUCCGCGCGGUGCUCUACCAGCGCCGGAACAAGUUCGACCCGCUCUGGAACUCGCUCGUCGUCGGCGGGUUCAAGGACGGCGCGCCGUUCCUGGGCUCGGUCGACCUCCGUGGCACGGCGUACGAGGACGACGUCAUCGCGACGGGCUACGGUAGCCACCUCGCGCUCCCCAUCAUGCGCGCCAAGUGGACGCCGGACCUCGACGAGGGCGAGGCGCGCGCGCUCCUCGAGGACUGCCUCCGCGUGCUCUUCUACCGCGACUGCCGCGCGCUCGACACGGUCGUCCUCUCCAAGGCAACGGCUACCGGCACGCUCGUCUCGGACCCCUACAAGCUCGAGACCGACUGGACGUCGGCGUCCUUCGUCGCGCCCAAGGCCGGCGGCGACGGCGAUGGCGGCUGGUGAUGGAAUAACGCUCGCAGGCGGCCGGACCGUGACUCGUCCCCAGCUUAAUUAUAUACCUUCGAGUAAGCGGUGGGAUGAUACAAGUAUAAGCGGACGGGGCGUCACAUAGGUCUUCCUUAAUUUAUUA